GCUUGUUUCACCUUCUCAAAGAAACUAGGGUUUUCAAAACGCGGCUAAGAACAAAAGAGAGUGACACUAACAACAAUGAAGCAAAAAACUACUUCGGAUGAAGAUCAAAGACGGUAUCUAGAUGAUAGCAGUAAUGCAUUCUUUCCAGUGACCCUAAAUCCCAAGAAGAGAAGCCAAUUGCGCAUACCUUCUAAGGUUAUAAAAGACUAUGGCUUAAACUUCACUGAGAGUAUAACUCUCGUGGAUCCACUCGUGAAAAAAAUCGGGUCGCUAGAGAGGAAAAUCAAGAUUCAGAUGAAUGGAUCUGUGUUUAUUAAGGGAUACGGAGCUAUACUCAGAAGGAAUAACAUCAAGUUAAAGGAUAAAAUGAUAUGCGAGUUGAAGAAGACGGGUAAUAACAAUCUGGUUCACACAAUCAAGUUCCACAUUAUCACUAGAUAGAUCAUUUCAUAUGAGUCUUAUGCGUAUAGUUGAUGUGAGUGGUUCCUAUGUGACAUCUUAGCUAGUGUUAGUGGUUUAUUUAUCUUGUUAAGUUUAAUAAGUUAAGUCAAGACGCUGUUGUGGUUGGUGUAAGAGUUUCUAAUUCCUGUAAUCUUGUCAGAUCUAUCUUGUAUUGUGUUGUUUAAUCUACUCUCGUUCUGUGUGGC